CAAAACUCUCCACACGGCGGUGAGGAGGAGGAAGGACGCCAGACGGAGUGGCUGAGCGGCCCCGGUGCUACCCGCCAGCCUCAGAUGCCUCUCUGGCAAACAGCUCGCCGCUCCGGAUUGGACCUGGCGCCACUGGCUCCUCCCUCUUUGCCGGUAGGAUGCUGCGCGGGUGUGAGCUCCUCCGGGGCCGUGGUUCCCUGUGCUCAGUCGGUCGUGAAGUUGAGCUGAGGCUGCGGGGAGGGACCGUGCGCUCUCGCCUCGCCUCGCCUCCUGCCGCUCUCCGUGGGACCCCAGAGCGCUCGGCUCCUUCUUCCCUCCCGCCAUGGCCAGCACGUCCGCAGAGAUCAUCGCCUUCCUGCUGGUCAUCUCGGGCUGGGUGUUGGUGUCCUCCACGCUGCCCACUGACUACUGGAAGGUGUCCUCCAUCGACGGCACGGUCAUCACCACGGCUACCUUCUGGGCCAACCUUUGGAAGACCUGCGUGACCGACUCCACCGGGGUCUCCAACUGCAAGGAUUUCCCUUCUAUGCUGGCGCUGGACGGUUACAUCCAAGCCUGUAGAGGACUCAUGAUUGCUGCUGUCUGUCUUGGGUUUUUUGGCUCCAUAUUUGCACUGGUUGGGAUGAAGUGUACCAAAAUUGGAGGCUCUGACCAGACGAAAGCUAAAAUUGCUUGUUUAGCUGGGCUUAUUUUCAUACUUUCUGGGCUAUGUGCUAUGACUGGUUGCUCCCUGUAUGCAAACCGAAUCACAGCAGAAUUCUUUGACCCCACAUUUAUUGCACAAAAGUAUGAAUUAGGAGCAGCUUUGUUCAUUGGAUGGGCUGGAGCAUCGCUUUGCAUAAUUGGCGGCAGUGUAUUCUGCUUCUCAAUUGCCGAAAACAAUAAAACUCCAAGGAUGGGAUAUACAUAUAACAGAGCAGCUUCUGUGAUGUCAUCUCGAACAAAGGCCUACAAUGGCUCAGCAGAUUUUAAAACACCUAAAGCCCCUCCAAAGCACUUUGACAAAAAUGCCUACGUGUAACCAGGUGGUUUCAAGAGUCAAUGCGUUUUUAAAAAUCACGUUUGUGCUGUUCAUCCACACAAUGAUUUUUUUUUAGGAAGAUACUGGUGUCAUUAGCAUCAGUAAUGAGAAUAUUUUAUAAAUGAACUUUUGCCUACUUUAUGUAAAUUUUCCUCAUCCCUUGUUUUAAGAUUUAUACUGAUGUUAUGCAUAAAUUAUAUCUGUAAAUCAUUUGCCAUUUUUGCUUUCUGUAAAAACAUAUUUACAAAUAAAGUCA